CCUGCAUUUUCAACAAUCCAAAACAUUCCAAAUCUUUAUUUAAUCAAUGAAAUUAUUUUGAAUUUAUAUUAUAUUUUUAAUUACCUAAUAUGAUGGGAAAGAGAGCUUUAUGGGAGGAGCUCAAACACUUGAUACAGGAAAAUAGAGGUAACUGGUACAUGGUAGGUGACUUUAACGCUAUUCUAGGAACACAUGAGAGCAAAGGUGGUGGAGGGAGUGUUAGGGAGAUGCGGGAAUUCAACGAAUUCAUGGAGGGGUCUGGUUUGCUUGAUCUCCUUUUAAUUGGAAGGAAAUUUACUUGGUAUCAUCCAAAUGGGUCAUCAAUGAGCAGAUUAGAUCGGAUCCUGGUCUCUAAAGAAUGGUUGUCAAAUUGGAAGGAAUGUAAACAAUGGGGGUUGAAACGCAUAAUUUUAGAUCACAGCCCUAUUUUACUAAAGAACCAGAUAAGGGAUUGGGGUCCACAGCCAUUUAGAGUUUUUGAUGCAAGGCUUGAGCAACCAGGUUUUAAGCAAAUGGUGGAGGAGAUGUUGAAUUCAAUAAGGAUCAGCGCAUGGAGAAGCUUCCAACUAAGAAAAGAUGAAAACCUUGAACAAGGCAAUGAAACAAUGGAGCAGAGGCUUUGUCCAUGGAGUGGAAGACCAAACUAAGAAGGCAUGGGAGAUUAUAGAUCAAUUGGAUAUUAAAGUUGAGACUCAACA